UAUAUAUUUGUGGUUCUCUCUCUCAGAAUCAAAAACACUCGACGGGAACAAAACAAAAAAUAAAAAUGGAAUCUUUGGAACGCUUCUGCUCUAUUACUCUGCUUGUUAUCUGCCUUCUUCUACCUUCAAGCUUAGCUCAACAACAACAACAUGAAUCAAUUAGAACAAUGGAGGAUUUUUCCGGGUACCCAAUUCACGAACCGGGUCAAUUCGGUUCCAUCAAUCUCGCUUCUUCACUCUCCGUUGAUGCUCAAGGACUGCAAAAACAGAUAGAUGAGCUUUCUAAUUUCUCUGAUGCUCCUUCUCCAUCAGUCACCAGAGUUCUUUAUACUGACAAAGAUGUCUUGGCUCGACGGUAUGUGAAGAAUUUGAUGGCACUUGCUGGUCUUACUGUUAGAGAAGAUGCUGUUGGUAACAUAUUUGGCAAAUGGGAUGGUUCAGAACCAAAUCUUCCUGCUGUAGCCACUGGUUCUCAUAUAGAUGCUAUUCCAUAUUCUGGCAAGUAUGAUGGUGUUGUUGGUGUUUUGGGUGCAGUUGAAGCUAUCAAUGUUUUGAAAAGGUCGGGGUUUAAGCCGAAAAGGUCUCUGGAGAUAGUCUUGUUCACAUCUGAAGAACCAACCCGAUUUGGGAUCAGUUGUUUAGGAAGCCGCUUGCUUGCUGGAAGCAAAGAACUUGCAGAAGCACUAAAAACUACUGUUGUUGAUGGCCAAAAUGUUUCAUUUAUAGAAGCAGCUAGAUCAGCUGGAUACGCACAAGACGAAGAUGACGACUUAUCUAGUGUGUUCUUGAAGAAAGGAAGUUACUUUGCUUUUAUAGAGUUGCAUAUCGAACAAGGACCUAUACUUGAAGAUGAAGGUCCGCUUAAUUUCCCUUUUCUGCAUCUAAUAGCAUCAUCCUUUUUCUCUUUUUCAUUUUAUGCUUAUAUCAGAUCAUAUUUGACCACAGGUUUAGAUAUCGGUGUAGUUACCGCAAUUGCUGCUCCAGCAAGUUUGAAAGUCGAAUUUGAAGGCAACGGAGGUCAUGCUGGUGCUGUGCUUAUGCCAUAUAGAAAUGAUGCUGGGCUUGCGGCUGCAGAGUUGGCUCUAGCCGUGGAGAAACAUGUAUUAGAGUCAGAGUCAAUAGAUACUGUAGGAACUGUUGGUAUUCUGGAGCAACAUCCUGGGGCUAUCAACAGCAUUCCAAGCAAAUCCCAUCUUGAAAUCGAUACAAGGGAUAUUGAUGAAGCGAGAAGAAACACAGUAAUCAAGAAAAUUCAGGAAUCUGCUAACACGAUAGCUACAAAACGAAAAGUGAAGCUAUCGGAAUUCAAGAUUGUAAAUCAAGAUCCACCAGCGCUCUCAGACAAACUAAUAAUCAAGAAAAUGGCAGAGGCAGCCACAGAGCUAAACUUGUCACACAAGAAGAUGAUAAGCCGAGCUUAUCAUGAUUCUCUCUUCAUGGCCAGGAUAUCUCCAAUGGGUAUGAUAUUCAUCCCGUGCUACAAAGGAUACAGCCAUAAACCUGAAGAAUACUCAUCUCUUGAAGACAUGGCUAAUGGAGUAAAGGUACUCUCCCUCACUCUGGCUAAGCUCUCUUUAGACUGAUGCAAACCCUCUUUCCCAUGCAGAAGCUUUGCACAUUCUCUUUUCUACCUCUUCUUCUCUCUUUGUGCUCAAAUAUGUAUCUUUGACAAUGUAAAGAAAAAUUAAUAAAUGAGGCUUCACUUAUCAAGUUA